CCAAUCAUCUCUUGAGCUUUGUAGCCACCGCCAAGAUCGUCUUCCCGAGUGUCGAACUAAAAUGUCCACCGAAUUGGCCGUAAAAUUGAAGAAUUGAAAAGGCCGGUCACAAGACCUCCGUUAAGCUACGUAUGUGACUGAAACCGUUAUAAACUCAUGGUUAAUGACUUCUACUUGAAAUCUGAUCUUAGCAAAUAGAAAAGAUGUGAUUCGCUCGCCAUUUUAAGAGGUCGGAAGGCCGAAGUUGGUGGUUGUUAUUGUAGGUCUUUUCGAGUGAUUUGGGGCCAGAUUCGACCACUUUUAGGUUGUCAUCCGCAGCCGAGAAGAUAUACCAGCCAUGACGCAAAACCAGCAGAACAUAACGACGUUGCUCAUCCCCGAUCCCAACGGUGGGCAACCACAAAUGAUUAAAGUUAUGGGAGGAAAAGGUGGUCAGAUGCCCAUCCAGCUGACUGGUGUUGGAGCUGGUGCUUCUGGCGGCAGUGUCAAAGCAACUUUUGUGAAGACAUCUGGCGAUCAGGGACAAGCAGUGCUACAAACUGGUAAGCUGCCAGCGGGUCAGAUUAUUGCCAUACCUACCAAGCAAGGUCAACACAGCAUCCAAUCUGUUCGUAAGUUUGGUUACCAGUACAUUGCCUGUUACUUGCAAUUUCUUAAAAAUUGUCAAUGGAAAUAUGCUCUGUCAGUUCUGUUAGAAUUCCCCACAUGUAUUUAAAUAGUUUACAACAAA